GGAUGAAAAUGACACCCUGUGGUCACCCGCAUGCAUCAGCCAAUCAGAAAGUCAUAACGUGGUGUGGGCGGGGCUUGCUGGAGACAGCGCAGUAAUGCUAAGCUAGCGCGAACACAAAGCUAAAACAGAAAGUUUGUGUUUAGUGAGUUAUUGUACCAUGUAAACGAUCGGAAACGUGAAGUCCACCGUGAAGUAAACUCACACACACACACACACACACACACACAGAGCGCCCUGUGUUAGCGUGAUGGGGACGAGAUCGAGCCGGUUACCGGAGGAGUCUGUGUGCGGGCCGCUGGAGAAGGACGGCGGGGUAAAGCGCGAGUCUUUCCGGCGGAUCCGCGGCUCCAGGCCCAGCAGCCUCGCGCUCGAUUUCAGCUCCAGCUUCGACCGAGACUCCGAGGCGCCGCAGAGCCGCAGUGAGGAGGGCAGUGACUCGGACACCGGGCGCCGCGUUUCCCCGACGGACGGAGAGAGCGGAAGCGGCCGCAGUGUCGAGCCGGAGACUCCCGGGAGCCCCGAGCGCUUCUCCUCAGAGGAACCCGCGGGCAGUGCGGCGCUCCGGGCCUCCGCCGAGAGACUGGCCGCCCAGCGGAGACACUCAUCCGGCAGGAACAGCAGCGCCAGGGCGGCGAGGGUCCGCUCGGCCAGGCCGGUGUCUGAGGCGUGGGUCGGGCUGUACCGAGUCAGACACAGCGCAGUACGCUGUCCGUUCUGCACCAGGACGUUCCCCGGAGGUCGUAUUGAGGAGCACCUGCUCACGUGUCUCACGUCUCCCCCUCUGCCUUAUAACACUGAUGUUCUGAGUAAAGACAGUGGUGAGUGUUCAAUCUGCCUGGAGGAGCUGCUGCAGGGGGACACCAUCGCUCGCCUUGCCUGUCUCUGUGUCUACCACAAAAAGUGUAUUGACUCAUGGAGCUCAGUGAAGCCCUGCUGCCCUGAACAUCCUUUUAACUGACCGCGGUUUUCUCUCUGAUCGCUGGGCUCAGGACUCGUGCCGUCAGUGUGCUACAGUGCAGGAGGAGGAGACUGAAUCUGAAACGAGUUGCUGUCUGACUUGAGGCUCCUGCAGGACAUCACUGUCUCGCAAUGAGACUCUAAAACGAUUAAACACCUCCUAAAGACGAGCAGAACUGAUACACACUCGGAAAGGAAAAAGCCUCGGGAUGUGUGUGGAUGUGUGUAUGUCUUGCUUAAAGAUUUCUUUUAUGAACUGAAGAAGAUUUAUUUUAUUGUGUGUAAACGCGGCUGCGCUCGAGAUAAAAACAUCUUCUCGUGUUUUAUUAGUGCAGUUCAGACCUGCGGCCACGUCUCAUUACACACUUCGGAGGCUUCAGGUUAUAGUGACAUUUUUGCUGGAGUUUGAUUGGCUGUGCCAUCGUUGGGGGGUGUGGUGGGGGUCUGGGUUAAUGUUUGGGUCAGGGACAGGGGGACGGAGACGUGCGGAUGAACGGGACACCGACGUCCUUAUGACUUCGCAUGGACACAGGAAGUGGACUUCACACACACUCUAAGGAAAAGAAAACGUUUUAUUUCCUUUUGACCUUUACCCUCACAGCCAGGCAUCUGUUACACACACACACACACACACACACACACACAGGGUUUCCCCGGAUCUUUUUCCAAUAUGACCGUUGGAAACACACAUGUUUUUCAAACACAUCAUUAUUAUUAUUAUUAUUAUUAUUAUCAGCCUUGCUCUAAAUUUUUGCCAAAUGUGUUUGUAAUUAUAAUAAACUUUACUUCUGUAGCAUUUUUAUUGCCAACAUGUUAGUGUGUGUUAUAGCUUUUCCUGUGUGAUGUCAUCAGUACGACCAUCAUCAUAACUAUUAUUUAUGGGUGAUUUGAGAAAGUAUGUGAGAACGUGUGUGUGUGUGUGUGUGUGUGUGUGUGUGUGUGUGUGUGUGUUUACAUUCAAUCCUGAUACACACUUAUGUUGGUGAUGAUGAUGUAGUUUACAAUGCUGUUUAAUCUCAACACCUCAUGAUUAGAUCUGUUUUAUAUUUACACUGUGUGAUGUUACAUGUUGGUGUGAGUUUGAAAAAUAAUUGUCAGUGCGUGCAGACACACACACACACACACUGAUUAUUUAUUGCAGUGUAUAUCUGUACACCAGUUUCCUUUUGUACGUCUGUAAAGAAAAUGGUUUUUGUAUGAAUUUUUACAAUAAAGAUGUUUAAGAUUG